UCCAGUCAAAAUUUUACAGGAGCUAAAGAGACUGAGCUGACACAAAAUGAGAGGACUUGUUGUCUUGGUUACUUUGGCUUGCUUUGCCACUGCUCAGCACCAAGCACUGAUUGACUACUUGGAGCGGAGGCUGCUUGCUAUUGAGGACCGGAUCUCUCUGUGGCAUGAACAGACCACCCGCUACGCCUCAGAGCUGCGGGAACUGAAGCAACAGAUGGUUUCCCAGCUGGAGAAUCUGGAUAAAGAGAAAGAGAUACUGAGAACGAAUCUGGACAGCGUGGGGACACGGGUGGAUCGGGUUGAGCGUGAGCUGGACUACCUGGAGACUCAGAAUGGGGCGCAGCCUUGUGUGGAUGUGGACGACAAACUAAUCGAGCAGCAGGUGACAAUGGUGCAGGAGAAGCAGAAGGCCAAGUACUUAAAACUAUCAGACUGCAGCGACAUGAUUUCCAGCAUUAAAGCCAUGAAGAUCUUAAAGCGAGUUGGAGAGCCAAAGGGCAUGUGGACCAAAGACACCAGCAGGGGCUCUGGGAAGGUUUACAUUUUUAGCGGGACAGAUGAGGACACCAUCCUUGAGUUUGCUUCUGUGCAGGACUUAACACGCUCCCUGGGCAUGUCUCUGUCCAAGAACGUGAAGCUGCCGUCAGCCUGGAGGGGAACAGGACACAUUGUCUACAACAAUCACGUAUAUUAUGUAAGUCAGGCUGAAGAAAUAAUGGUGGUUAAAUAUGACAUGAAGAACAGCUCUGUGACAGACAGCGCAGUGUUUCCAGUGCAGGACCACGUCCCAGUGUACAGCCUGAGCCCUGAGACAAUGAUGGACUUGGCUGUGGACGAGGAGGGCCUAUGGGCCAUUUAUGCCACGCGGCAGAACGACAGGCACAUAUCUAUGGCUAAAAUGGACGCCAGCUCGUUGGACAUCGAGCAAAUGUGGGACACAAACUGUCCACGAGAGAACGCAGAGGCAGCUUUCGUCAUCUGUGGCACUUUGUACGUGGUGUACAACACCCAGCAACCUGGUCGCUCACGUGUCCAGUGUGUAUAUGAUGUCAACGGUAUGGUGACCAAUGAAGAGGCACCAUUGGUUUACUUUCCAAAGCGUUACGGAGCCCACUCCAGUCUGAAGUACAACCCACACGAGCAGCUGCUGUACGCCUGGGACGAUGGCUACCAGAUCCUCUACAAGCUAGCCAUGAAGAAGAAACUAGAAGUUUGAGUUAAUAAUACACUGUGCCAUCCUUCCAAAACUUCUACAAACACACCCAAACCCCCUUUAGGUAUCAUACUAGUGUUUUUACAAGUUUGAGCCUCUUAACUACAAAUCAUGUGUACCUUAUAUCGCUGCUGACCAUUUUUAACGCAUGCUGUAGAAUUUCAGAUCUCUGAAUGUGUCUUUUCGUACCUCUCAGGCUACCACUGAUUUCCAUAUGGUAGCAUAAUUAACUAGCAAAGUCUUGAAGCUCAGUCAGUCUGUGUAAUCCAGUGACCAUCAAGUGUGCAACUUAUUUAAUUUUGUUUGUCAGUUUCUUUAUUGUGACUCGGUACAACAGUUAGAGUCGAGACUCCUUGUAUAGUUACUGUGACAUUUAAAAACAAUCGAGACUCCUUUUAAAAGUCGCAGUAAUUAUGCAAAAUUAUAGCAGAAAACAUGCAGACCCGACUGAGCCUUCAGUGUGUCGCAUUAAACAACUUAGGCAAGACAACAACGAGGAUGGAAAAGGCACACUUAAAAUCUACAAAAGCACUCCAAUAUGUUGUGCAAAAUAAUCAGCAGUGAAUUUCAACUGUAAAAUGCGAUAUCAGUGACGUGGGCUUUAAGUCUGAAUCUCUAAAAGCCUGAACAGGUGAGACACAGCUGGGUUGUGGAGCUGUACUCCAAAUUUUGAACGGUGUAAUGUGAUUUCUUUAUCUGAGGCACAGUUUCUCACCCCUGAUCAGACUGCACUGCGCUUUCAUUUUUCACAAUCAUUUCUGUGUCUACUAGUGCCUCAGUUUACUGAACUUACCUGUGACCUCUAGUGCUGCUGUCUCUAGUGGGUUACUUUAGGUUGUGGUGUUAAGCACUCAUUUCUUUUUUUGUUCACGCUACAAAUAAAGGACACAUUAUACUU